CCACGUUAGGAGACUGCUCAUAAUAAUCAAUCAUAAUUGGAGAAUCACUGAAGUAUUUUGUGUAUUAUUUGUAUAAUUAAAAAAAAAACCUACGAUUACGUUUAUCAUCCGAUGUGAUGCUGUCAUCGAUGAUUAAAGUCGAAUAUAGGAUCAGGAUGGCGUUGGUUCGAUUUUGAUGUAUGAUUGGAGAAUUUUGGCAUGUCAGACGUUAAAGUUUAAACGCAUGUUGCCCGACAUCGCGAGAAAAUUCAACGUUUUGUCCUCGACAUGCACAGGCACGCGCUCGUCCUGGCACAAUCGGCAUUGCCAUGGAAAUGCGAUUCUUCCAAGCGGAACUUGUGGCGAAUGUACAGAACACAAGCGAGUUACAAGACCAAAGAGUACGAAGGUCGCAAAUUAGUGGGCUUCUCAAUGGAGAAAAUGUACCGCGUAGUCGCCGACGUGGAGAAUUACAAAGAUUUUUUACCCUUUUGCACGAAAUCUGAGAUCACGAUGAAAACCAAAGACUUCCUGAAGGCGAACUUGGUGAUUGGAUUUCCGCCCAUAAACGAGAAUUAUACGUCGAAGGUGACCAUGGCGUAUCCGAGGAUAGUUAAAGCUGAAUGUAGGGACGGCAGAUUGUUCGAUCAUUUGGACACCCUGUGGCUGUUUAGUCCCGGACUGAAAAACAAUCCUGAAACGUGCGUGAUCGAUUUCUCGUUGUCCUUCGAGUUCAGAUCCGUCUUUUACUCUCAUUUGUCAAAUUUAUUUUUCAAUAAGAUUGUGAGGCAAAUGGAGAACGCCUUCCUUGAAGAAGCGACGAGAAGGUACGGCCAGCCGUGCUUAAAGGCGGUACGGCUGCAAAGAUGACAAGAGAUACUUUUAGAGAUCAUUGAAU